AAGACGACCUGAUGCACGUGCCAGCAGUGAGUGCCCUUACAUGGCUGAUCAGCAAGAGACUUCUGCUCAUGCAGUUGCCUCCCCGCAGCAUGACAAAACUGAUUGGCCGUUCGUUAGUCGAAAAAAAGCAGGGCAUCGGUCUGUGAUGGACUUUCCUAGAGAAGUUGCCACCUCAAAUAGACGUCAUCGGCUCGAUAGGAUACGUCGUAGGAUAUUCACCGGUUCUUUGGUGUCUUCUACCAGUGUGACCUGCGAUGUUACAACAACAGCAACACUUCCUCUUGAUAGAUCAUACGUUGAGUCCCUGAAAGAGAGCUAUCCAGAGCGAUCGUACUAUGGUGGCCCGACACAAGAGUGCCCGUAUUGUGGUGCUGUUUUUUGGUUCCAGGAGCGUGUGAAGAGUGCCUCCGCUGUCUCUCGGCGUAAAAUUGUGUAUAACCUUUGCUAUAUUGCUUUGUCGUUAAUGAACAUGCUAGACGAGCAUAAUCAACUUGUAAAGGCAUUUCGAUGUGCUAGAGAGCGCAUAGAACAGGAAGGUGGUAAAGAGGAAAUAUGGCCUUAA